UCAGGAUGACAAUAUGGCCACAAUCUGAAAGACUGAAAGUAAGUUCCGUCCUGACGAGUGACGAUGGCCCAACAAGGCGAAAUUUCACACAAGAAUUUUAGCAAGUCGGAUAAAGACCAGUGGUAAAGACUAACCAAGAUAAAAAACUGUUUUGGUUGUCACAAGAAUGGCUCGGGAAAUAGAAAGCUAUUCCUUUACAGAAUGGCCGGUGCAAGUUUUUGCAAUUGAUUAUACAGGACAUCUUGUAGCUUUACCUGGACGUGGUGGACUAGCUCUAUAUGACUUGACACAAGGUCAUUCAUGUAUUGGUAAGAUAACAAGGCAAAGUAAAUGGGACUGCUUUGCCAUCGAGUGGAAUCCCCAUCAAAGUCAUCAAACUCACCUUGCCUCAACUUGCAACAAAAGGAUUGAACUUUGGACCUGGGGAGAUGGUAGGGGGAAAAAGUAUCAAGAACUUCUUGCCCAUACAAGAACUGUCGGUUGCCUGAACUGGUCGAGAUUUAAUCCACGUCUCCUGGCGUCAUGUUCUUCUGAUAGUUAUAUUUAUCUCUGGGAUUUACGAGAUUGCAAGAAACCAAAGCCUCUUUCAACUGUUUCAGGAGCAAGCCAUCUUAAGUGGAAUUCACAGAACAAUCAUAUGCUUGCCACAACCCAUGAUGGAGAUGUUCGUAUUUGGGAUUUGAGGAAAGGAAAUGCGCCCGUUAGAUAUAUUUCGGCUCAUCUUUCGAAGAUCAACGGCCUGGAUUGGUCGCCUGUUGAUGGCAACAAGUUAAUAACAUGCAGUCUUGAUAAAACUGUUAAGUUAUGGGAUAUUUUUGAAGACACGCGUAAUGCUAAAGCGAUUUGUGACCAUCGGGCUCCCGUAUGGCGAGCAAAAUACACACCGCCUGGCAAUGCUAUUCUGACGGUGCCACUGUCAACAGCUUCACAAAGAGCAGUAAGUGUACCAUCCCUAUGGAAUACCAACUUGAAAAACCCGUUCCAGACGUUUCACGGAAAUUCGUCUAUUCUAGAAUUUCAUUGGAGGUUUACCGAAGGUGAAGAUGGGUUCCAAUUAUUAACGUGGUCUAAAGAUCAAGUGUUGAAGUUAUGGAAUCUUGAUCCACUUCGUUGUCUGCCGACUGCACCUCAAGAGACGCGCGAGGAACAUCCUUUAUUAUCCCCCGAAGUACCGGAAUUUAGGCCUAAUUUAUCAAGUGAUGAUGUUGGAAUUGAAAGCAGUACAAGCAGUGACAGCCUCAACGUUCUUGCUCGUGGGAAACCUAAUAACUUGGAAGGAGAGAUCACGCAAGCUUGCAACACGAUACACGAUAUUGUUUUGGAAGAGGUUGAUAUCACGAACAGAAGCUGCACGAUUUCCGUGAAAAGUGGCAGCAACAAUCUCAAAAUGAAUAUCACAUUUCCCGAGCUCUACCCUGAGAACGCGAUCCCGUCCUUUGAGAUCACUGAUGACACUCCAGUCGAUUCGGCAACCAAGGUCAAAAUAAGAGAGAUCUUGCGGGAAAACGCACAGUCUUGUCUUAUCAACAACGAACGUUGUUUAGAACGAUGCUUGAACAGUUUGAUCACAUUUAUGGAGGGCAUAAAGGUCCACGAUAACAGCGUCUCGUCCUCACAACUUCACCAGUAUCCGUCUUCAUACACUAGUAUUGACGAACUUAACCCGUAUCCUCCGUCAUAUUCUGGUAUGGAUGUACCUUUUAAUAGCGAAGAUCCUCGUGUCCCUUUUCCACAAAUGUCUGGAGCAACGUUUAGUGCUAAUGGUUUACUCGUUUGUUUCAAUCGGUCCUCAACAUCCUUAAAAAGGAAAGGCGAGCAAACUCCAAGGUCUUUGUCUGCUUUUUUUGCACACAAUCCUAGAAAUUUGUCAUUUUUUAAUGCAGAGGCAUUAAAGACGGGUAUAAUGUCAAACAAAGAUUCUCGUAAAGCUCUCGUUAUUCUACGUGACGUGUCGUCGCUGAUGACAUUUGAUCGUUCGCUUGGUCAAAGUUAUACUAUCCUCAGUGGUGCCGAUCCUAAAGAAAUAUGCGAGCGAAACAGAAAGGCCGCUGCUGCGAGUGGCCGUGCCGAUCUAGUUCAGACAUGGUCAAUUCUAGGCUUGAUAAUGGAUCCUAAACUGAAACCAUCGCCAUCUGAAUCAGAAACUCCAUGGGCAAGUCAUCCUUUUGGAAGGAAACUUCUUGAUUCACUUUUGGAUUACUAUAACGGAAUGCACGAUAUUCAGAUGUUGGCAAUGAUCUCUUGUUUGCUUGAAUAUCAAAGUCUACCGGAAAGAUUUAUUGCUGAUCUAUCUACCACAAGUCCUGAUGAUAAUCUUCAAAACCGAAACGCAAAGAAUUUUGGGUUGCUUGAAGAGGAGUCGCCAAGUUUUGAGGAGGCUUUACCGAGCAGUCAUUCCCCUUUCUACAGUCUUUCUCCUGAUUUUACGAUCAUCAACUUUCCCGUCGAAGAAAAGCGAAAGCGUCACGAAAAUAAUUGCAGAUUUAUUCAAAAAGAAAAAAGACAAUUAUUCGACCAUUAUAAGUUAUGUUACGCAGAUCUUCUGUACAAGUGUGAAUUAAGUAACAAAAGAAGCGAAGUUCUAAAGUUCGUCUCAAAUCCUCCAAGACACGUGAUUUGUGAAAAAGAGUUACAAUUGAGGUGUCCGUCUGGUCAUGGUAAAUAUUCCGGGUCGCGGUGUAAGAUUUGUAAAACACAGGCCAGCAUUCGUUGUGUCAUUUGUCGUAUCGCUGUGAAAGGCGCGUUUAACUUUUGCUUAUCGUGUGGUCACGGUGGGCAUACACUGCAUAUUAUGAAAUGGUUUGAAACAAAGGACGUGUGUGCAACAGGCUGUGGUUGUCAUUGUCUGACUGAAAGCCAAUUAUCUGAUAGUCUGCCUUAAUGAAGAGAAAUAAUUGAAAUAAGAUCAAUAAGGAAGAGCUUCACGCAAUCAUAAAACAACCAAAAGUGAUUCUUCAAGCUCGUUACACUAUACGGGAUUCGCCUUAAUUGUGACGACAUCGAAAUUAGUGAUGUCAAAGCAUGUUUUAUCCCCAAAAUUAUGAUAGCAUGAUUGCUUUAACAUGAUCUACCAAAUGAAAACGUUCUGGGGACAGAGAUACCGUAAAACAACCUAAACUGAUCUCUUGACCAUGUGAAUUCGGUCCUGUGCAUGUAAAUAGGGUCUGUAACUGCAUUUUCAAACAAGGCCGUCAAUCCAUGAGGGAAAUUGGGUGACGAUUUAAAAUUAAAGGAUUUUUUACGGAAAUGGUCUUUUUACAGUCGUUUAACACGUUUUUACCACUUUUUGCUUACUGUAUAUUACCCUGACGUGAGCCAGGACGUGACAUUCCCCCCGUCCCCCAGUAUUGACGGCCACCUUUUGGGCAUAUUCACACAGUACGAUGAAUUCAUAUGGAUGAAUUACAUGAUUUUCAUUCUGAAUUUCUGAUGAUGAUAUCCUCGCUGUGGGGGGAGGGCAUAAAUAAGUAUAAAUGUUGAUGAAGGCCGAAGGGGGUACUUUGGUAAUCAGUUGCCUGAUUUUAAAAUAAUAUGCAAAAUAAUAUGCUUUCGCGCUCGACAGAUGAUAUUAGUGAAAUUACACUCGGCAAAG